AUGUCGUCGGAGGGAUCCGAGAGACUCACACCAGCAAAGCGACGCAGGCCACACCAGAAAUCAAGGACCGGGUGCUUCAACUGCCGGAGACGUCGAGUCAAGUGCGGCGAAGAGAGGCCGCAAUGCGGAGCCUGCAUCCGGCGUGAGGUCUCAUGCGAGUAUCCCGAUCCCGGAGAACCCCAUGCUAUCAACGACGAAGCAGUCGACACUCGCUCAGACAGGGUUGGACGCGCGCCACGCCCACAAUCCUCCUCCGGUACACGCGCGAAUCACGCCCCCCCGGGGCGAAGCGCUUCAGGAUCCCCAGCAACAGUAACUGCAACCCCAGGGACGGAUGCCGUUGCGUCCGCGUCGUCGGCCGCUGUUUCCUUCAACUUCAGCAUCCAGGAUUUGGCGUUGCUGCACCACUGGACCGUGUGCACGAGCGUCGAUGUUUUCAAGACCCCCGACCUCGACUCUUUGUGGCAGGUCGUCUUCCCCCAGAUCGGCUUCCAGUAUCCUUUUGUGACCCACGCUAUUCUGAGCCUGGCUGCGUUGCAUCUUGCCUACAUCGAGGGCACCAAGAACGGCCAGUACGUUGUGGAGGCAACCCGCCAUCACGAGGAAGCCCUCAAAGGGUUCCACGAGGUUGUCCGCCACGUCACCGUCGAAGACAGCGAAGCGCUGCUCGCAUGGUCGCUCAUCAAUGUACUCUACGUUUUCGGCAUCUCGAAACAGCUCUCUGACAGCCCUCAGGACAGCUCACCCCGUCUGCAGAAGGACCGCGUACUGGGCGCCGAGUGGAUCCCGAUGCUCCGCGGCGUCGAGGCCGUUCUCGGCCCAACCCACGACCACCUGCGAACCGGCCGGAUGGUCAGAAUCAUAGACAUUGGGAACUGGUUCGAGUUGGACCCCGACCGCGCCACGCCGGAGGAGAUGGACACGCAGCUUUGCCGCAUGCGAGAAACGUGGAAGAACAGCGGUGACGACGAGGUCUACGAAGAGGCGCUCCGGAUUCUGAGGAAAUGCCGCAUGUUCAUUUUGCAAUUCGAUACAAUGGACUCUCAAACUAUACAGGAGUGGAGCUGUAACAGGGGCUGGGCAGGACCGCUUGCUUUCAUCCACUUUGCACCGCAGCCCUACUUCACUCUGUUGCAUCAACGGCAACCCCCAGCCCUGAUUCUAUUUGCUUUCUUCGGCGUACUGAUGCACGGGCUGAACCAUUAUUGGUUCAUGGAGGGUUGGGGCAAGGCUAUUGUCGAAGUUGUUGACGAGUUACUUGGUAGUUAUUGGAGGCCGUGGCUGGUCUGGCCGCUUGAGGCUGUUGGGAUUAAUUGA